UCUUAUGAGAACUAGAGAGCCCUGCCCAACAGUAAAUUAUUAUAAUAUGCAUAUGGUGCUGCAGCUGUGCUGAUUUGGCAUUUUCUGGUCUUGUUGCUUGCUUCCAUUUCAUGUUUACAUAGAGGAGCAAGCUUAGCUACUUUCGGCAAAUGAACUCAGAGACCCAAAGAAAGCGAGUGUUGUAUGUUUUAGAACUGAGACAAAUAGUAUAUAUUUGUCAUCUUGGUUGGUUGAGCAUUCUUGUCAAAUGAGGUAGGUGAUUUAUUUUGACACGCAGAUUCAAACUGCAUGCAAUACACGCGCAAGAUGUUUUAAAGACCACGCCAGAAAGAGAACAAAAGAAAAAGAAAAAGCCUUGUUUCAAAAAAAAUUCCCAAUUUUCAAGGAAAAGAGAAAGAGAGAAAAAAUGGAUUGUAGUAACGAGUUGGAAAUGCAAGAACCGAGCAUUGAGACGGAUAAGCUUAGUUACGAAAUCUUCUCCAUUCUCGAAAGCAAGUUCCUCUUCGGCUACGACGAUCCAAAGCUCUGGUUCCCCAAACAAAUACCUACGAAGCCGGAAUCUCAAACUCCGGCGGCUACCGCCGCCGUGAACGGCGUCUCCUCCGUCAAGAACCAGCGCGGCAAGAUAUGCAUUCUUGCCAUCGACGGCGGCGGCAUGCGCGGGAUUCUCGCCGGAAAAGCCCUCGCCUACCUGGAAGCCGCGCUUAAGAAGAAAUCCGGCGACCAGAGCGCCACCAUCGCCGACUACUUCGACGUGGCCGCCGGCGCCGGGGUCGGCGGCAUCUUCACCGCGAUGCUCUUCGCGACCAAGGACCACCACCGCCCGCUUUUCUCCGCCGACGAUACGUGGCGGUUUCUCGCCGAGAAAGGAAACAAAUUCUACCGCGCCGGCGGCGGCGCCAGCAACCGCGGGUUCCUGAAGAAAAUAUUGUCCGGCGGAGACUCCGGCUCGGUGUCGUCGGCGACGGCAGGUUUGGAGAAAGCGGUGAAGGAAGCGUUCACGGCGGAGAAGGGUGGGAGUUUGACUCUAAAGGACACUAUAAAACCGGUUUUGAUUCCGUGCUACGACUUAUCGAGUACCGCGCCGUUUUUGUUCUCACGUGCGGACGCGUUGGAAACGGAUAGCUUCGACUUCCGGUUGUGGGAGGUGUGUCGUGCGACCUCGGCCGGACCGGGUUUGUUCGAACCGGUCCAGAUGCGGUCCGUGGACGGUCAGACGAAGUGCGUGGCCGUGGACGGAGGGUUAGCGAUGAGUAACCCAACGGGCGCGGCAAUCACGCACGUGCUGCAUAACAAGCAAGAGUUUCCGUUCGUUCGAGGCGUGGAGGACCUUCUUGUUCUGUCCCUCGGAACGGGUCAACUAUUGGAGGUGAGUUACGACUUUGACCGAGUCAAACGCUGGAAGGCCAAGGAUUGGGCCCGGCCCAUGGCCCUCAUUUCCGGCGACGGCUCCUCCGACCUCGUCGACCAGGCCGUCGCCAUGGCCUUUGGUCAGUGCCGCAGCACCAAUUAUGUCCGCAUUCAGGCAAAUGGGUCAAGUAUGGGGCGAUGUGGACCCAAUGUGGAUACAGAUUCAAGUCCCGGCAAUGUGAAGAUGCUGAUAGGAAUAGCAGAGGAGAUGUUGAAGCAGGAGAAUGUAGAGUCUGUUCUGUUUGGAGGAAAGAGAAUUGGGGAGCAGAGUAACUUCGAGAAACUUGACUGGUUUGCUGGAGAACUUGUUCAGGAGCAUCAGAGGAGGAGCUGCAGAAUAGCUCCCACUGUUGCUUUCAAGCAAGCUAACCCAAAAGCGACUUAGGCCAUCCAUGGCCAACAACAGUUCAAAGAAUCAACCUAAAGAAAAAGUGAAAAACCGAUAUAGGAGGAAGCAGGAGCAAGGGAAAAAAAAACAAGAAAAGAAAAAGGCAGAUAGUAGUAGUAUAGCAGCUUUUCUUUUCAGGAUAGACAAAGAAGGUUAGGGAGUCGAGUGAAAAGGACAAGUGGUGUAAAAAGGCUGGAAAAUCUUUGUGGGAUACUUUGCCCUCUAGUGGACAGACAUUGUGGUGUCCACUCUACCUUUCUAUUAGGGUAAGAAACGAAGAAAGAAAAGGCCAGUGUCUGAGUUGAAGCUUUUUAGGGUCAAACAUGAAUCAAGUGUGAAUUUUUUAUUUUUAAAAUGAGAAUUCAGGGUGGUAAAUUGGAUUACAUUCUUCCAUUCCAUUCUACUUUCUUCUUCUUAAGGAUAUUUUGUAAAUCUCUUUUUCAUAUUAAAAAUGUUUUUAUCGAUGCUUCAAAGAAACUAUGGAGGUGGUGGGCUACGUUGUUAUUAUAAAUUAUAAAUAUGUGGCCACACUUGUCUC